AUGGCAUUUAUUAAAGAGGAGAGUGAAGACAUGAAGAUUGAAGAAACAUUCAGAGUCAAACAUGAAGAUACUGAGGAACAAACGGACCUGAUGACACUGAAAGAAGAGAGUCAAGAACUCAGUGUUCAGCAUGAGAAAUAUGAUUUCAUGACUGGAGAAAAAUCAUUUAGUUGCUCACAUACUGAAAAGACUUCAGAAAAAAGAGCUCAAAAGACAGCAAAUAGAAGUUAUUUCACCUGCCAACAGUGUGGGAAAAGUUUCACCAGAAAAGGAAAUCUUGAAGUCCACAUGAGAGUUCACACUGGAGAGAAACCUUUCACCUGCCAACAGUGUGGAAAAAGUUUCAUUCAAAAAGCAAACCUUAAAAACCACACGAGAAUUCAUACUGGAGAGAAACCUUACACAUGCUCUCAGUGUGGAAAGAGUUUCACUCAAAAAGGAAACCUUAAAGACCACAUGAGAGUUCACACUGGAGAGAAGCCUUACACCUGCAAACUGUGUGGAAAGAACUUCAUUCGAAAACCAAACCUUGAAGUCCACAUGAGAAUUCACACUGGAGAGAAGCCUUACACAUGUUCUCAAUGUGGAAAAAGUUUUACAUAUAAACAACACCUCCAUGACCACAUGAUGAUUCAUGCCGGAGAGAAACCUUUGACCUGCCAACAAUGUGGAAAGAGCUUCACUAAAAGAGGAAACCUUAAAAACCACCUGAAAAUUCACACUGGAGAGAAGCCUUUCAUCUGCAAACAGUGUGGAAGCAGUUUCACUCAAAAAGGAAACCUUAAAGUCCACAUGAAAAUUCACACUGGAGAGAAGCCUUUCAUCUGCAAACAGUGUGGAAACCGUUUCGCUCAAAAAGGAAACCUUAACAAGCACAUGAGAGUUCACACAGGAGAGAAGUCUUUCACAUGCUGUCAGUGUGGAAAGAGUUUCGGUCAUCCUGGAAACCUUAAAAACCACAUGAAAGUUCACACUGGAGAGAAGCCUUUCAUCUGCAAACCGUGUGGAAGAAGUUUCAGUAAUCCUGGAAACCUUAGAGUCCACAUGAGAGUUCACACUGGAGAGAAGCCUUUCACCUGCAAACAGUGUGGAAAAAGUUUCAGCGGAAAAUUAAAACUGAAAUACCACAUGAAAGUUCACACUGGAAAGAAACCCUUCACCUGCCAUCUGUGUGGGAAAAGUUUCAAGCAAAAAGGAUACCUUAAUGCCCACAGGCGAAUUCACACUUUGGAGAGACUUUUUCCCUGCCAACAGUGUGGAAACAGUUUCACUUAUAAAAGAAGCCUUAACAGGCACAUGAAAAUUCACAAUGGAGAGAAGCCUAACAGAUCCCCUCAGUGUGGAAAGAUCACGCUAAAUGGAGUCGUAUGGUGGGAGUCGGGAGUCGGAGUCGACUCUGGAAAAACCUGGAAUCCAACACCCCUAGCUGAAUGGGAAAGUUAUCAAUGGGCUGCAGAUGAAGCCCUCCUCCCAGGAUGCAUUGAGGAGACAAUGCCCAUGAUAGACCAGGGGACAUCAGGAUCGUCAAUGAGGGCCAGAUAA